AUGCCGCGUGUAUGGCGAGCCCGCGGGGCUCAGCCCAAAGUCAAUGUUGAAGUCGAAGGAGUUUCCAGAUUUUUCUCCGUUGGAGUCCUAAAGGUGGCUCCGGAGGCAAAGGUGUCAUUUUAUGGCACUCCAAAAGCCAAGUCGUUUUAUCCAGCACAAAGUCCUGGCAUCUUCCGUGCCCCGGAGUUGGGACCUCAGGUGGUUGAUGAAACCAAUGAAACAUCAACUGCUUACUGCUCCCAGCGCUCGCGGUGCUCAUCAGCUGCAACAAUGCCACGCUCCUUCUACAAGCCAGUGAAAAGGUCCAAAGCAAGGAGGUGUGAGCGCAGUGAGCGCCUGCGGCAAAGUGUUCGUGUGGAUCCGCAAGAGGAAGAGAGGCGUGAGAACGCUGAGACGGCUGAGACAGCUUCUGGGAUGGUUGAGAAAGCCGAGCAAGUUAAAAGUGUCGCAAUUGUGGAUUUCGAGUGUUCUGAUUGUGUAGAGAAGGUAGACGAGGCUGAGUGUCUUGAGUGCGAGGAAGCACGGAAAGAUGAGCAGCCACAACAGUCGCAACAGUGGCAACAUGACAUCGCGAAGGAGCCGGAAACGCCGAAGGAAUCUCUGAAGUCUGUGAAGGUCUCCGAGGAGCUGCCGGAAGAGGGCGAUAUCGCUGAUGCCGAUGGCAAUGGCAACGAAGGGUUGGAGACUGUGGAGACUGCGGAGACUGAGAUAACUAGUUGGAUCCGUCUCCCUGAUCAAAAACCUUGGGCAGAUUCACUGGACGACUCCGAUGAGGAAUGCUUCUGUGGUAUUGCAAAUUGGCCAGAGACGCAGACGGAGAUCCAAGAGCCAACGAAACAGCAGACGGAGAUCCAAGAGCCAGCGAUCAAACAGACAGAGAUCCAAGGGACACAGGUGACUUCUAAAGCUGAUCCAGUUCCUGCAUGGAGGCAGAGAGAUUCCCGGCCUCGUACACAUCGCAACUACGAUGGUUACAAUACUUGGGAUGAUUGGAAUGAUUGGGCUGCCUGGGACAAUUGGGGUGCUUAUGGCACUUAUGGCAACGUCGAUUAUGGUUAUGGCUAUGGCGCUUAUGCUGGAGCACAUGGCAAAAAACAGAAAAACCAGCAAGGUCAGCAAGGACGUCCCGGACGCAAUCGACAACCAAAAAAAAACAAGGAAUGGAAGCAGGUGCAAAGGCAGUGA